AUGGUGGGGUCAGCGCUUGUGGUUAUCUUCCAAGCGUUCAACACCCUCGACAUCACAGGUCCAAUAUCCAUUCUUUCCAACUCAAAUUUCUUCAUCACAAUCGCCGCAAAAGAUGAAUUCACCACAUCACAAGAAAACAUCAUUGUUAAGAGAAACAUUUCAUUCUCCGAAGCCAAAGAGCACUUAGCAAAUUACGACAUCCUCAUAGUCCCCGGCUCACGAUCAAGGAACAUCUUGCCCUAUGUUCAACCCGAGAACGGGCAGUUACUGGAACUCCUCGACGUUAUCAUAGACUUUGCAAAACCACAAUCCCCAAUCCAAGCUGAACAGAGACAAAGGACUAUUCUCUCUGUUUGCGUGGGCGGAUUACUCCUCGGAAUUGCAGGCAUACUAGACGGGCUCACAGCGACAACGCAUCGCCUGGCGACGAAGGCUCUACGAACCGCGUGUGAAGAGUACAUCAUCAAAACGCCUAAUGCAAAAGGCACGCGGAUACUUCCCGAAGAUCCAUUGGAUACCGUUUCAUAUUGCGAUGCAGGGAUAAAUGAAUCUGGGGUCAGGGUUAUUACCUCUGGUGCGGUUACCAAUGGAAUUGACGCUGCGUUGCAUUUUGUUGCACUUCGCAUGGGACGAUCAGCUGCUGUCGAGGUGGCAGAGCUCAUUGGACAUAAUUGGAGGGAAGUGAAGGCAUGA